UUGGAUCCUCACGGGCAGAGCUUCACACAAAUCUUCUUACCAGCAAUAACAAAGUCCUUUACUCGUCGUUAUCUGGUGGGUUGAAAUUGCUUCCAAUGACUAUUCGAGAGCUUCUGAUCCAGGUGUUUUGCAGCACGAAUACGAUGAAAUAUUUCUCCUUGUUCGCCCUCUCGUUCGCCGCUCUGCUCUCGACAGCUACAGCAACCCUCGGACGUAGCGAUGCCAGCCAGCUUGUCAUCAACAACAUAAACUGUUAUUGGGAUGGCACUGCGCCAUUUUGUGAUGGACAAUGCGGUAGUGGCACCGUGGAAUGUGAUACAAGCAAUUGUGGUGAUACCGGGUUAUGUUGUUGGACUGGGUCCAAGAAAUGGUGUUGCUACGCCACUACCUGUCCCAGCUAGUGGGCCCUAGGCACCGUGAAAAUGGAGAAUUGACGGUCCUCCUAGUCUGGGUGGGGUUUCAAACUGCAGCCCGAGAUUUGCAGUCCUAAGAGGUAGCGAGAAGUACCUACUCCAGGAAGAUUUUAUGGUAGUCAGAACGAGCAACUAGCAGACGAGGCACGAUAAGCGGCAGUGGGGCG